AUGAAUGCUCUGACAUUUGAACAACGGCAAGCUCAGCAGGAGGUACUUCAUGGAGUAGAGAAGAGGAUCAAGGAAGAGUCUACCAUUAUUGAAAAGGCACUGGUAGGACUGGAUGAAAAUUUAUCGAGGAUGAAAAAUGGAACUGUCUACGAGACAGCAGAAACGAUGAGUUUCGAUUACGUCCAUGCCAGAGCCUUCCGAAUUAUGUUUCUCCGAGGCAAUCGGUAUGAUCAAAAGGCUACCGCUGACCAAAUGAUCCGCUUCUUUGAAGUCAAACAAGAACUCUUUGGAAAGGACAAACUGGUGAAAGAUAUUACCAUUGAUGACUUGGACGAAGAUGACCUUGCUUGCAUGAGGACUGGGUCCGUACAAGUGGCUGGUAAGGAUCGAUCCAAUCGAACUGUCGUUCUGACGUUUCCAGGCUUGAGGGCGCACAAGAUAAUACAGAAUCAGAUGCGGUCAAAUUAUUACAUGUUCAUGAAUGUCUUACAGUCUGAGGAGACUCAAUUGCGUGGGUACGUCACAGUCGCUUACUCGGUGGGGAGCGCCUUUCGGGACAAGCUCGCUGGGGAAGGCUACCCAGAUCUAGCAAGGCUCGUUUUGGCUGUGCCGUUUCACAUGGCGUCCUACCACGUCUGUGUCAGCGGGACGGACUUGGGCGAAUAUGUGCUUUACAGUGUUCUCAUCAAGGCAAUCAAUAUUAGCACCCGUGCCCGUUUCCAGGUGCAUUUCGGCACGGAUUUAGAGUGUCAGUAUAGUUUGUCUACCUUUGGAAUACCAACAGAUAGACUCCCCUUUGUUCCCGGGACGGAGCAAGUCAGUCUUCAACGACACCUCGACUGGAUGCAAUCACAUAUCAGGAGAGGAGACAAGCAAGGAGGAGGAAAUUCAUCCCUUACCAACAGAAGCACCUUGAUUGAACCAACCGACGAUGACUUCCUCUGUGUCAGUGGGAAGCAAUGCCACAACGGUGGGAACAAUCGUCUUCGUCAAAAGGUUAGGGAAAUGACAGAUUUGUACACAUCUGCAAUGAGUGCGGAGAGACGAAGUGUCGUUGACACUAUCAUCAGUGAGGUACGGCAGUCAGGAGGCCGCUUUCUGAAACGAACAAAACAAGUUGAACCGAUAUGGAUCGAGCUAACAACUGAAGAAGCACGAUCUAAGAUAUAUCAAAUGUUUCGCAACAACAAACGCUUGCGUGGAGCAUCGUCACGGCAGCAAGUUUCAGCUGGAACUCCGAUAUCAGGGGAUCCACUACCCCAUGAUGUACUGCUAGGUAAAUUUGAGAGGAACGGGGGCAAUGUCUUAUUGCUGAAUCUCGUCAAGGAUCGAUUUGAAGAGUACGAUAGGUUGGAUCGUGGAAUGAAAGCAGCAGUAGUCAAUGAUGUCCUACAAGCAAUCAAGGAUGCAGAUGGCCGCUUCCUGCAAUCAUCUCCCAAUGAUAAUAAUCGAGAACUCUACGAAGUUUCCAACGAGAAGGCCCGAGAGGCCAUUUCCAAGUGUUUCCGAAAUUAUCGUCGACGAAUGUUACAGAAAGUCAGCCUGUGA